UGCAGCUGUCCUCACAAUGAGUUGUAGUAUUAAGCAGACAACUGGCUCUCUCAGGGGCAGGACCAGCGGUGGCAGCUGUGUUAUUGGUGGUGGUGGUGGUGGUGGAGGAGCGCGGAUUUCCUCGGUCUCCUCUGGAAGAUACACGACUUGUGGGAUAGGCGGUAGCCGAGGGUUCUCUGGGAGAAGCUACUGCAGUGGUGUGAAUUACGGAGGAGGACUGAGCAGCGGCAGUCUGGUCGGUGGGAGCUAUGGAGGUGGCUUAGGAGCCACUGUCCUCGGAGGAUGUUCAGGCAUUGGAUUCAGCGGUGGCAGUGCCCGCUUUGGUGGUGGCAUUGGAGGUGGCCUUGGUAUCGGCAUUGGUGGAGGGGCAGUUGGGGGGGGUUUUGCUGGUGAUGGCAUUCUUCUUUCUGGUGACGAAAAAGUCACCAUGCAGAACCUUAACGACCGCCUGGCUUCUUACCUGGACAAGGUGAGGUGCCUGGAACAAGAAAAUGCUGACCUGGAGUGCAGAAUCAGGGAGUGGUACGCCAAGCAGGGCCCCUUCUGUGAGCCGCGGGACUACAGCUGCUAUUAUAAAGAGAUAGAAGAUCUUCAGAACCAGAUUGUCUGUGCAACCAUAGACAACAACAAGAUCAUUCUGAACAUCGACAACAGCCGGAUGACAGCCGAUGACUUCCGAGUGAAGUACGAGACGGAGCUGGCCCUUCGCCAGAGCGUGGAGGCUGACAUCAACGGGCUGCGCCAGGUCCUGGACCAGCUGACGCUCUGCAGGUCCGACCUGGAGGCACAGCUGGAGUCACUGCGGGAGGAGCUCUGCUGCCUGAAGAAGAACCACGAGGAGGAAAUGAACUGUCUGAGGAAACAGUCGACUGGAGAUGUGAGUGUGGAGGUCAAUGCCUGUCCUGGCCCUGACCUCAGGAAGAUUCUGGAGGAGAUGAGGUGCCAGUAUGAGACCCUGAUUGAACGUAAUCGCAAAGAAGUGGAGGAUUGGUAUGAGUGCAAGAUCGAGGAGGUGAAUCGGGAGGUGAUCACGAGCGGUCAGGAGGUGGAGACGUGCAACAAUCAGGUCACCGAGCUGAGGCGGCAGCUGCAGGCCCUGGAGAUCGACCUGCAGGCUCAGCUCAGCCAGAGGGACAACCUGGAGUCCUCUCUGGCUGAGACAGAAUGCCGCUACAACAACCACCUCGGUGAGCUGCAGACUCAGAUCACGUGCGUGGAGCAGCAGCUGGCGGACCUGCGGGCAGAGAUGGAGUGCCAGAACCAGGAGUACAAGAUCCUGCUGGACGUCAAGUGCCGCCUGGAGCAGGAGAUCCACACCUACCGCUGCCUGCUGGAGGGCGGGCAGCAGGACCUCAUUCAGCAAGGAGGAAUUAGUCAGUUGUCGGGUCUAGGAGGAGGAGUUGCACGAACAGGAGGAAUAGGAGGAGGAGGCAUCAUCCGAACAAGCCACACGUACACUUCGUCUGCCCAGAUGCCAUCCUGUGCAGCUGCGGAGAUACAAGGUGAGGGCUGCAGAACUCCACUGGGCUUCGAGCCCUCUCUGCUCGACUGCAAUGCUACUGGAUGGGAGGGGGCAGAGGGGUAGGGAAGGGAAGGACAGAGCCGA